AUGCACGCCAAGCAAUUCUACGACCUGGACUCGCAGUCAGUAAGCACGAUCUCAAGCUUUUUCAUGCGGAAUGUCGACGUGGUGUCGUCUGCCAAAGUGGCUGCACAUCGCGUGGAGGAAGACAUCAAGCAGUUUAUUGCAAAACGAGGCAGAGGUGACUCACUGAUACGAAAGAGUAGCAAACAAAAGAUAUCGUCUUUUUUUGAUCGACCAAACAGCAGCAUCAGCAGCAGCAACGAGAAGAAGAAGACUGACGUGAUGUUAAUGACCCACUCAAACAGUUACAUUGAGACAACUUCAACAUCCACCCAAGCAAAAAUGAUCUUGUCAACCACGACGACGAAGCACUUUUGUGACAAGUGUCAGUGUUUUGUAUCGGAAGAAUCUCAAGAUGAGCAUGCAGAUUUUCAUUUUGCUCUACGUCUUUGUCACGCACAACGCAGUGCCAUUAUGGCAACUCGAGGCAGUCAAAGCUUGAAGAAGAAGAAGAAGAAGACGAAGAAUGGUCCACUUGAUAAAUUUCUAAGACGAUAG